GUCGAGGACGUCCUCCGGGGAGCAUCGAGAGAGGAAGAGUACGAGGAGCGGCGGCGAUGGCGAUGUGAUUACAAUCGGAGCGGGACCACCCGGGCGACACUAACCGAGGCCGAGCGAGGAGCAGGAGGCGCCGGCGGCGGCUUGUGUACUGCCCUGGAUCUCUCACUCGGGCUGCGGCUGGCGGCGAUGAGUGCGGGGCCCGGAUCGGCCUGUGGCUGCCGCCGGCUCUGCUGACGGAGCGGGGCGGGCUUGUUGUUUUUGUUUUUUAAAACCGUUCCAUCGAUCAUUUAGUUUAUUUAUCGCCUCGCACUCAUCUCCCCCCCCCCCCUCCACCUACCCCACCACAGGAGAGGCCGGUGUGAGCCCAGGCCCUUCCUCACCCCCACCAUCCCGGCCUCGACCCAAGAUGAUGUGCGAGGUGAUGCCGACCAUCAGCGAGGACACGCUGAGCCCGCGGGGCUCGCAGUACGGCGCCGACACCGAGGCCAACUUCGAGCAGCUGAUGGUGAACAUGCUGGACGAGCGCGACAAGUUGCUGGAGAGCCUUCGGGAGGCGCAGGAGUCGCUGGCCCUGUGUCAGGCCAAGAUGCAGGAGGCUUUCCACGAGAGGGACUCGCUGCAGAGGCAGCUCAACACCGCCUUACCUCAGGAGUUUGCAGCACUUACAAAAGAGUUAAAUGUAUGCAGGGAGCAUUUACUGGAACGGGAAGAAGAAAUUUCAGAACUGAAAGCAGAACGAAAUAACACCCGGCUACUUUUAGAACACCUUGAAUGUCUCGUUUCCAGGCACGAACGGUCACUCAGAAUGACUGUAGUGAAGAGACAAGCUCAAUCGCCAGCAGGUGUAUCUAGUGAAGUGGAAGUUCUUAAAGCACUCAAAUCAUUAUUUGAACACCACAAAGCUUUAGAUGAAAAGGUACGGGAGCGGUUAAGAGUAGCACUAGAAAGAGUCAGUGCUUUAGAAGAAGAAAUUGUAAUUAGAGAGAAAGAGAUCUCCUUAUUUAAAGAGCAAAACACCCAUCCUCCGAAGAAAGGUGUCACAGAUAUAUCGGAUGACAAUCGUGGCGGUGAUAAUUUACCUAGCACAAAUGGCGUGAGAUUUUCUAAUAGUUCUAUAAGCCAUGAUGAAGAUUUGAUUAAAGUAAUAGAGCUUCAGGAAACAAUAGAUAAACAAAGCAAGGAGAAUGGGCAGAUGAAGGAUCGACUGGCUACUCUCUCUAGUAGAGUGUCAGAACUUGAAGAAGAUCUGGAUACAGCCCGUAAAGACUUAAUUAAGUCUGAGGAAAUGAACACUAAGCUUCAGAGAGACUUGCGUGAGGCUAUGGCUCAGAAAGAAGACAUGGAAGAAAGGAUAACAACGCUUGAAAAACGCUACCUCAAUGCACAACGAGAAUCUACAUCUGUACAUGAUCUUAAUGAUAAACUUGAAAAUGAACUUGCCAAUAAAGAUGCCAUGUACAUACAGAGCGAAGAGAAGAACCGUCAAUUACAAGAACGGCUGGAACUAGCUGAGCAAAAACUACAGCAGACUCUCAGAAAGGCAGAAACACUACCAGAAGUAGAAGCAGAGUUGGCACAAAGAGUAGCAGCACUCACAAAGUCUGAUCCUUCCUUUUCUUCUGAAGAGUCUACCCUCAUGGAAGCUAAACUGAUGGAACUGAGCUCCAUGCUUAGGAAGGCUGAAGAAAGGCAUGGAAACAUUGAAGAAAGGUUACGGCAGUUGGAGGCACAGCUUGAAGAAAAGAAUCAAGAAUUGCAACGAGCUCGACAGAGAGAAAAGAUGAACGAAGAACACAAUAAGCGCUUAUCAGACACAGUAGAUAAACUGCUGUCAGAGUCCAAUGAAAGACUUCAGCUACAUCUAAAGGAAAGGAUGGCUGCAUUAGAGGAAAAGAAUUCCCUUAUUCGAGAGCUUGAAAAUACAAAGCAACUGAUUGAAGAAACACAUCAAGAGAAGAAUCAAUUGUUGGUUGAAAUUGAAACCUCACGGGCUGAAACUGAUCAGUGGAGAGUGAAAGCAGCUUCUUUUGCUGACCCUCUGCAUCACAGGCCUCAUUUAAGUAGCAGCUCGGAUUAUAGGUAUCCAUUACCAACAGCGUCAGAGGAAGACACCCAUCCAGACCCAUAUAGCAGCGCCUCAGUAUUACGUAGAACUCAGAAGGGCCGCUUGGCAGCUUUACGAGAUGAACCUUCAAAGGUUCAGACUUUGAAUGAACAAGAAUGGGAGCGUGCACAACAAGCCAGUGUCUUGGCAAAUGUGGCCCAGGCUUUUGAGAGUGAUGCUGAAGUGUCAGAUGCGGAAGAUGAUAGAGAGACUAUAUUCAGCUCUGUCGAUUUACUCUCACCAAGUGGUCAAGCUGAUGCCCAAACUUUGGCUAUGAUGCUUCAAGAACAGUUGGAUGCCAUCAAUAAUGAAAUAAGGCUCAUCCAAGAAGAAAAAGAGUCCACACAGCAGAGAGCAGAAGAAAUCGAGAGCCGAGUGGGUAGUGGUAGCCUUGAUGGUCUGAAUCUUUGCCGGUACCGAGGAGGUACACUCCCUGCCUCAUUCACUGGUUCAUCACUUGCCAGUUCUUCGCCACCCGGCAGUGGACACUCCACGCCAAGACGAACGCCUCGAAAUGCUGCUCAUGAGCUUGACAGGCUUGGUGUCAUGACCCUGCCUAGUGAUUUAAGGAAGCACCGUAGGAAGAUAGCAAAAGAGGAUGCUCGAGAAGAUAAAACGACAAUAAGAUGUGAAACAUCACCACCUUCCACUCCAAGGUCCAUCAGAUUAGACCGGGUUAACCAAGGUGCCUGUCCCACUGCCAGCCAGGAGGAUAUACGGGAUAUAAGAAGUUCAACUGGGUCUCAGGAUGGUCAAACCAGCAACCCCAGUAGCAGCAACAGCAGCCAAGAUUCUCUUCACAAAGCUCCCAAAAAGAAAAGUAUAAAGUCUUCUAUUGGGCGACUCUUUGGUAAGAAAGAAAAGGGUCGGCUUGGACAGUCCGGCAAAGAUCCCACAGGGCAAGCUGGCAUACCAGAUAUGGAAACCAGUCCUCAGGAUACUUUGGGACUCAGUAAACUUGGUCAAGCAGAAAAAGAUAGGAAAUUGAAAAAGAAGACAGAAUUAUUGGAAGAAGCACGAAGGCAAGGGUUACCAUUUGCGCUGUGGGAUGGCCCCACUGUGGUCGUAUGGUUAGAGCUUUGGGUUGGCAUGCCUGCUUGGUAUGUAGCAGCAUGUAGAGCCAAUGUUAAAAGUGGUGCUAUCAUGUCAGCCUUAUCAGAUACAGAAAUACAGCGAGAGAUUGGCAUUAGUAAUCCACUUCACAGGUUAAAAUUACGUCUCGCCAUCCAAGAAAUGGUAUCACUAACCAGUCCAUCAGCACCUCCAACUUCACGAACGUCCACUGGAAAUGUCUGGUUAACACAUGAAGAAAUGGAAACUCUUGCUGCCACACCACAGACGGAUGAUGAAGAGGGAAGCUGGGCCCAGACUUUAGCAUAUGGAGACAUGAAUCACGAAUGGAUCGGCAAUGAGUGGCUUCCCAGCUUAGGUCUGCCUCAGUACCGCAGCUACUUUAUGGAGUGCCUCGUUGAUGCUCGAAUGCUGGACCACUUGACGAAAAAAGAUCUCCGGGGGCAGCUUAAAAUGGUCGAUAGCUUUCACAGAAAAAGCCUACAUUGUGGAAUAAUGGCUUUAAAAAGACUGAAUUAUGACCGCAAGGAGCUGGAAAGAAGACGUGAAGAAGGUCAACAUGAAAUCAGAGAUGUUAUGGUGUGGACUAAUGAGCGAGUGAUACAUUGGGUGCAGUCAAUUGGACUUAAGGAAUAUGCAAAUAAUCUUUUAGAAAUUGGAGUUCAUGGUGGACUUAUUGCACUAGAUGAACUUUUCGAUUACAAUGCACUGGCUCUUUUGUUACAGAUACCAACACAGAAUACACAGGCCCGUCAGUCACUGGAGAGAGAAUUUAACAACCUCUUGGCUGUAGGAACGGACAGGAGACUAGAUGAUGAUGAUGAAAAAGGUUUCAGGCGAGCUCCUUCCUGGAGAAAGAAGUUCCGACCAAAGGAUGUAAGGGGUAUGACACCUGGAUCAGCAGAGACACUGCCUGCUAAUUUUAGAGUUACCUCAACAAUAUCUUCGCCCUCCAUGCAGCCAAAGAAGAUGCAAACAGAUGGCAAUGUUUCUGGAGAGCAAAGAAUGGAUUCUGCCACUGUACGAACCUAUUCAUGUUAAUUUUGGCUCACUUACACUAUUUCAACAGAUGACUGUACAGCAUUCAAAGCCUUCAUACAUGAAGUGUACAUCACGUGAAUUGGUGCAAAACCCAGGAUAUCUGUGAUGUAGCAAUAUUUCUAACUUGGACUUAAUAUUUUGCUACAGAAAUUUUAAUUAGUUGAACCACAAGUCAUGAGUACCUUAGAUAUAAAAUUUUAGAAUAAAUGUUUCUUAUAUUUAUGUAAACCUGUUUCGAUAUUGAUUUAUUGUAGAUCUAGCUUUAAUUGUGUACACCUGCUAAAAACACAUUUUAUAAUGUACAAUUCUUUCUUACAUCAAUUUUCUUUACUCUUAAUCAUGUUAUUUUUCAAGGAAAUGUACCAUAUGUCUGUACGUAUUCAUCCCUAUGAAAGCCAUGGGGGUUUUGUAAAUCGUUAUGUAAUUACUUACAGAUAUUCAGAUUUUUUUUAUAAAGUUGAGGACAAAAAAAAGGUUAUAAUGGCAUUUUCAUGCUGUUUUCCCAAGAGAAACUGCAUGCUGACAGCACUAAGUUUGUUGAUGUUGUAGUUAGUUUAAAGUCUGUAAUUAAAUCUUUUUAAACCACCUGUUCUAAUUUUUAAAACUGUAAAUGCUUAUCCUUUUUGCAGUAUGGUUAAUAAUGCUUAGAUGGAUAUAAGAGAGAAAGCCAUAUAUAUAGGAAUAUUAAGGAUAAGGUGGAACUAAAUGCAAGUAAAGACCUGUCAUAGCUCCAUGAUAUUUCCUCCCUUUGCUCUUAGGAAAAGGCUGGUAUAACUUUUCAAUGGACCAAUAUCACUGACUGGUGUCAACUGGGAUGAAAAGGGAGGGCAGGUCUAUUCAAUUUAAAGUAUAAGAAGUGGGGUACUUUUUAAAAUGAAAUGAAAGCCUUAUUUAUUUUUCAUGAAGUAUGGUUCACUGUUUUUGCAACCCUUUCCUAAUCUAGAUACUGUGCAUUUUACUUUAUAAAAGAUGACCCAUCAAUAGUAGACCGAGAAAAUGUUGUCUUGGCUUUAUCAAUGAGACUGUUCAGUAUUUUUGAAAAAUCCAUCAACAUCUCAGCUCCAGUUUUGUUGGUAUCAUGGUGAGCUAUGUAUUGUGUACCAACACGUUGUAACUCUGUUCUAAAGCUACUCGGAAUGGUCAAUUUUUGAUGUACGUUGGCCUGAAUCAUGUACUGUUAUUUGUCCAAUAUUCUGUUGCUGUCUGAGAUUUUUCCUCUGCCGCCUUGUAACAAAUUAUGUACAGUCUAUACAGUACGUUGAACUAUUUUUAUCACAGUAUUUAUUGCUUUCUUUCAAUAAAAUUCUUAAACUUUUA